AUGGAGUGUAUUAUUUGUAAAAAUUCAACUGGAGAUGUUACCAUAAACUGUGAUAGCUGCACCAGGUCGACACAUAGGGAGUGUUCUGGAUUAAAUGCCAGAGAACUACAAGUUAUGGACCUCAAAGGUAAGAGAUUGCUUAAAUUUUAUUGUGAGGAUUGUCAGAAUGGGAUAAAGCUUAUUCCUAAAUUGCUUGCAAAAAUUGAUCAUAUGGAGUUAGAAAUCAAACAUUUAAAAAAUAUAUCAGAAUCUGUUGGCAAUAAUGACCCUAACACUAGGGAAGACAAAGAAGAAAUAAUAUGUGAAAUGAUUGAGAGGCAGAGUCGGGCUUCUAACAUAAUUGUCUGUAACGUGAAUGAAUCAAAAAUGAAAACGCAAGUAGAACGUGAUUCUGAAGAUGCAACAGCUAUUGGGAAAAUAUUGAAUAAUUUUAAUAUUGACAAAAAUAAUUUAAAAGUGUUUCGCUUGGGAAGAUAUAUGGGAAGCAAGAGUAGGCCGCUUAAAGUUAUUCUUAAUUCAAAAGAAGACGCCAAAUUUGUUCUUAAGAAUAAACAAUUAAUUUCUAUUCCAAGCAUCAGAAUAUUUGGUGAUCAAACGAAGGCUCAACAGGACUAUUUUAAAGCGAUUAAAAAUAAACUACAAACUUUGAUUGAUAACGGUGAUACUACCAAAACUAUUAGAUAUAUAAAUAAUAAACCAACUAUUGUUUCAAAAUCCAUUCAAAAAAACAUUUUUAACAGGAUGGCGGAAGGAAGAUUAGACUUUUUGAUAUUUGGGGCCACUGGUUUUACUGGCUUGCACUGUAUUCCCUAUGUAUACAAAUUCGCUAAAGAUAAUGGAAGAAAUAUGGCUUGGGGUGUUGCUGGACGUUCAGAGGAAAAACUCAAGGAAGCUCUCGAAAAGAUGGGCAAGAAAGUUGAUGCUGACCUAUCAGAAACUACCAUUAUUGUAGCAGACGUUAAGGAUUAUGACUCUUUGGUUAAGAUGGCUAAAAGAGCGAAGGUGGUGAUUAACUGUUGUGGUCCAUAUAGAUUCUUUGGAUAUCCUGUUGUGAAAGCUUGUGUAGAGGCUGGUACUCACUAUGUGGAUGUAAGUGGGGAGCCACAGUUUAUUGAAACUGUUGAGUUGGAGUAUAAUGAACUUGCUCGCGAGAAAGGUAUUUACAUCGUGAGUGCAUGUGGCUUGGACAGUAUCCCCUGCGAUCUUGGUUUGGUACACUUGGAAGACAAAUUUGAUGGCGUUAUCAACUCAGCUGUAACUUACAUAAAUACCUGGAAUGAAGGAAACAAAUCCUCCUCCGGUCCUGCUAUCAAUUAUGGGACAUGGCAUAGCCUGGUUUAUGGGCUUAAACAUGCCAAGGAAUUAUCCAGUAUACGAAGAAAAUUGUAUCCUACGAAAUUACCAAGUUUUAAACCUAAAUUGGAAACUACAACGAGACCUCACCGUUCAAGUAUUGUGGAUGGUUGGGUCCUACCGUUCCCAGGUGCCGACAAAUCAGUUAUGAAGAGGACUCAACGAUAUCUGUACGAAAACCAGGAUAAGAGACCAAUACAGGUGGACACAUUCUUUGUGUUACCAAAUUUUAUACAGACAUUCAUGACAAUUAUUAUGUUUUUGGUUUGGACAUUGUUGAUCAAGUUCAACUUCGGCAAACAGCUAUUACUGGACUAUCCUCACAUAUUUACCUUCGGAAUGUUCAGAAAAGACGUUACACCGUCAGAAGAGAUGAUCGACUCAAGCUGGUUCAAGAUAACUUUCCAUGCCAGAGGAUGGAAAGAAAGACUAGCCAAUAAGGACGAUCAGUAUGAUACUCCCCCUAAUAAAAUUGUCACUGCGUACGUUAAAGGAAAAAACCCAGGAUACGGUACUACUUGUGCCUGCGUAGUCGGAGCUGCUCUCAUGAUACUUACCGAGAAAGAUAAAUUACCAUCCAGUGGAGGUGUCUACACUCCUGGAGUGGCCUUUAGAAAAACCUCAUUGAUGGACCUCCUCUUUAAAAAUGAUGUGUCGUUUGAGAUUGUGAGCGAAAAAGUGUUGUAAAUCAUAUUUAUUCAAUAUAUUUAAUAAAGAUAUUAACUUAAAAUAAAUAUUUAAUGUUAAUUAUGAUCUGUUUUUACGUAAUGUUUUCUGACUUAGUUUUGAAAAUUGAUUUAUUUCAAUUUAAAUUGAGGUAGAAAUAUACAAAUUCAAUUAAACCAUGGCAUACAUAUAUUUUUAUAUAAUACUUAUGCAUUUAGCCAUUAUACUAGUUUUUUGGCCUUGUUAAUGACAGUAUAGAGUAAUACUAACAAUACAGGUCGUGAAAACCAUGCAUUUACACGAGUUUAGCUAAUAGUUGUGUUUCCACGAUCUUUGCUUUCUUUGCCAUACCUCUAGAUAUUAAUAUUAAUAAAUAUAUGUAUUUUUUUAUUAUACUUGUAUACCUUAUUUAUUUUAAUAUACGUGUACUUACAGGUGGCUAGUGACUGGAACAUCAUUAUUUUUAACAGUUUAUUUUUCUAACAAUCAAUGAAUCAACUGUAUUUAAAUCUUGAAAAAUAUUGAGAUUUAAGAUAAGUAACACCUCAACUCUUUUUUAAACCUUAUCUGGUCAUGUUCACCUU